AUACUGAAAGGAAUACCUCAAAGUGGUUACUCAAUGUGUAUCGGUAUAGGGAUGAAAAGAAGAUUUCAAAAACACUGAACCAGUUUGAUGACAAAGGGAAGCUUGAUAUAUUCUUAGCGUCGUUUCUUGGUUGGCUCACAAAAAAGACGGAUGGUGUCCGAAUCUGGGAUAAGUAUUUUUUUUCUAGGGCGCUUAGAUGUUUGGAUAGGAAGAUGAAGUCUUUGCAAAACGAUGGUUACGGCAAUACAUCGAAGAGUGAUUCGUUAACAUCAGAUGAGAUCAUAUCUUGUUUGAACCAUAGUUAUUUAUCAAUUGAAGAUAAUGAAGAAGGCGAUACAUAUAUAUUAGAAUAUCAUGAUCUUGAAAGAAGAAGCGAUGGUGGUCUUCAACUAAGAUUCUGUAGAGAAAAAAACAAUCAAGGCGGGAUGCUCUAUCGACAACGUUAUGGUCAUACUGAAUCACGAUUUAUCCCAAUACACCUGAUCAAAAAUAAGAAUCAUAAUGGUCAUCGUACUGCAAUAAUGAUGUUGAAGGCUUUUGACGUUUUCGAAGACGAAACUAUGAUAUUUUCAGGGCAUGGUUCGCGUGAAGGCAUUCAGGCUUAUAGUAGCCCUACAGACAACCAACGGUUAUCAUCUACGACACUACUCAUUCCAUAUACUUCUUAUAAUUAA